AUGAACGGAGACAACUACUCCUCUAGAGACAGCGGCCGACACGGCUCGUCUCGCGACUACCCGGUUCGUUGGCCAACAUCACAACAUACGACAGGACUAAUUGGAACUGACAUGGUUACACCACAGUCCAGAAGAGACCGCGAUGAUAGACGCGACCGAGGGGGUGCACGGAGAAGAUCGCGUUCUCCCGACUACCGGAGUGGCCGAUCCCGUCGCGAGGAUGGCGAUGUCGAUGCCUAUUCAUCCAGCCGAAGCCACCGCGACCGUGAACGCGAGGAUCGCUACUCGGGGCGGGAGCGCCGGGGAGGCGACCGGGGCGAAAGGGAGUGGGACCGGGAUCGGGGCGCCAGGAGUCGGCGAGACGACGAAGACAGGCGCGACCGCCGCCCAGACCGGGACUUGAUCAUCGAUGACCGUCGUGGAGGCAGGCGUGACCGGGACUAUGAACGGGAACGGGAGCGGGAGCGGCGGCGUAGUGCAUCACCGCCCCCUAAGAAGCGCGAACCGACACCUGACCUCACGGAUGUGGUCCCCAUUCUGGAACGGAAGCGGCGUUUGACACAAUGGGAUAUCAAGCCGCCCGGGUACGACAAUGUCACAGCUGAGCAGGCCAAGCUUUCUGGCAUGUUCCCGCUUCCCGGUGCGCCGCGUCAGCAAGCGAUGGACCCGACCAAGCUCCAGGCAUUCAUGAAUCAGCCUGGCGGUACCGCCAACAACACCGCCCUCAAACCCACAAAUUCGCGUCAGGCUAAGCGCCUGAUUAUCAAGAACCUGCCACAAUCGGCUACUGAAGAAAGCAUGGUCAACUUCUUCAACCUUCAACUCAAUGGCCUAAACGUCAUCGAGAGCCCGGACCCUUGCGUGCUAUGCCACAUUGCGCCCGACCGUUCCUUUGCUAUGCUCGAGUUCAGGAACAGCACAGAUACGACAGUGGCUCUUGCGCUAGAUGGCAUAUCGAUGGAGGCAGACGACGCGCAUGCUGCUAAUGGCAGCGAUGCGGCGCCUGGUGGUCUGCAUAUUCGCCGGCCGAAGGACUACAUCGUGCCCGCUGUGGUAGAGGAUCCGAACUACGACCCCGAUUCCGAUGUGCCAUCAAGCGUGGUGCUCGACAGUCCGAACAAGAUCAGCGUGACAAACCUUCCGCUGUACCUAACGGAUGACCAAGUCAUGGAGCUGCUUGUUAGUUUCGGCAAACUCAAAUCAUUUGUGCUAGUCAAGGAUAAUGGCACGCAGGAGUCAAGGGGUAUCGCAUUCCUUGAGUAUGCCGACCCGUCCGUCACCAACGUCGCCAUCCAGGGCCUCAACAACAUGAUGCUUGGCGAGCGCGCCUUGAAGGUUCAGAAGGCCAGCAUUGGCAUCACCCAGGUGGCUGGAGAGAUGGGCGUCAACGCCAUGUCCAUGCUUGCAGGCACGACAUCCACCGAUACAACAGUCACUAGGGUUCUGCAGCUCUUGAACAUGGUGACGCCAGAGGAACUGAUCGAUAACGACGAUUACGAAGAAAUUCUGGAGGAUGUUCAGGGAGAAUGUGAGAAGCUCGGCAAGAUCUUAUCGCUCAAGAUUCCUAGGCCGUCCGGCGGCAGCAGGCAGUCGGCCGGCGUGGGGAAGAUCUUUAUCAAAUAUGAGACGCCAGAAGUCGCGGCAAAGGCCCUGAAGGCACUGGCAGGCAGGCAGUUUUCCAAUCGUACUGUCGUUGCGACAUAUUUCCCCGAGGAGAACUUCGAUGUGAAUGCGUGGUAA